AGUUGCUGUCAGUGGCUUAAUGCCACAUGUCCGUGGCAUCUAGGACAGUCUGUAGACUCGGUGCAAACUUACUGAAUGAUUUUCUCCGAUUGCGAAGACGCUUUAUGUCAUGGUAUACGUAUACAACGCCGCUGGAUAUACCCGUCAGAUCUUAGUGAGUUUUCCCAACAUCUGUACGUUAGGGCCCACAUUGCAAUUGCGGGAUGUCGGUCCUGGCGUUUGGUUUUCACUUUCCCUACUGUGGCAGAACUACGAACAGGAAUUUUCUCAGCGUGUAUGGGCGAAAACAAUAUAAAAUGCUUCUCAUUCGCACUUUGCAGAAGUCCUUAACCCUCAAGUUGUUCUAUCAUGCCUGCACGAACCUUUGUUCUUCCUGACCUAGUCAGCCAUUGUCCUUACCCUCUCCGUGUCAACCCUCUUUGCGACACCGUCACACGCAAUUCCGAGGAAUGGAUCCUUAACGAAGCAAAUUAUACGCCGGAGAAGCGCAAGAAAUUCCUAGAGGUCAAAGCUGGCAUCCUCACCGCCAACUGUUAUCCCGACGCCGAUUUAUUCCACCUUCAAGUCUCAUCCGAUUAUUUGACCUACCUCUUCUGUUUCGACGAUUGGUCCGACGAGUUCGACGAGACAGAUGCUUAUUCGUUUGCUGAUUGUAUCAUGGGUUGUCUCCGUGACCCUCAUGGCUUUCAUACGGACAAAGCCGUGGGUCGGCUGACCAAGAGCUUCUUCAGCCGUUAUCUACGAAUGAGCGGCCCUCGAUGUGCUAAGCGCUUCAUCGAUACGAUGGAUCUCUAUCUUAAAUCCGUCGCUGAACAAGCGGCUGAUCGCACUAAGGGUAGAACUCCUGACCUAGAGUCCUACAUUGCAUUGCGUCGGGAUACUAGUGCAUGUCGCCCCUGCUUCGCCCUGAUGGAGUUCGUUGCUGGUCUCGACCUUCCGGAUGAAGUCGCCGAGCACCCGCUUAUCCGCUCAAUGGAGGAAGCUACCAACGAUCUGGUCUCAUGGUCAAACGACAUAUUUUCGUAUAACAAAGAACAAUCCUGUGGCGAUACGCACAAUCUCGUUGCCGUCAUCAUGGAAGAACACAAGCUUGAUUUGCAACCUGCGUUGGACUUUGCCGGCGAUCUCUGUCACAGGAGUAUCGCCAGAUUCGAAGUUGAUCGUCGCUCCCUUCCCUCAUGGGGUCCAGAGAUCGAUCGUGACGUGAAGAUCUACGUCCAAGGCAUGCAGGAUUGGAUCGUCGGCUCGUUGCAUUGGAGCUUCACGACCAAACGCUACUUUGGCAUUCACGGUGAAGAAGUAAAGAAACAUCGCACUAUUCAGCUGUUAUCUUCAAGAAAGCAAGAACUUCUCAAGUCAGUCAAUGUUGAUGCAACUACCAACCCAUAUUCGUUUGCCGCCUUCAUCCACACGAUUAUCCUGAUCUUCAUGCGCCUCAUUUUUGGAAAUGCUAAAGGCCUGUGAUCGUGUUUAUGAUAUCGUUGACUCAGGUCGCUUUCCCCGAGUUUAUUAGCACGCUAUCGCUUCUGCUGCUUCUUCUUGCUGUCCAAUCGCACCUCUUGCUUUAUAUUAGUUACCGAUGUAUUACUACAACUGUAAAAUACUUCCGAAUCUUGUAAAAUAACAGAAUCAGGUACAUGCAAGUGUGGAUUUUCCCAUUAGACGACUCUGCUAGUGUUUGACAGAUAAUGU